GCGACUGUACACGCGACGCGUUUUCGUAUGCAUGCUCUCGUGCUCGUAACCACAUAACAAGGUAAAUAUACCUAUACGUAUACCUUGUACAUGGCAUACACGCACGACGUGUAAUUAGAUAUAGUGCGCACUGUUCUUCUACCAGCCGAUGUCGCCGCAAACAACAGGGAAGAAGCGUAAAGGCGUCGUCCAUUGUAUUGUGAUAGAAAACGUGCUGAUGGAAGCUUGUUAGCCACUGCAAGUGGUGCUACAACGAAAAAAAGAAACUCUGUAUUGUAUGAGCAUUUGAAUCGCAUAAACAAGAGCAAGGGAAUCGUUUGAAUUCAAGAAACUCGGAGAUAAGUGCAAGCGUGUCAAUUCGAGGUGGUGAACGCCGGCGUCGCUUUGUUUCUCCCCCACGUUUACGUUUGUCUCGCCGGGCUUGCGCCUGGCGCAUAAGCGUUCCUCCUGUGGGUCAGCCCUGACUAUUUACGAAGAGAUGAUGUGGUCGUCCGGAACAUUCUGCGACACCCCGUUUUGGAACUCCGACCUAACCUGGAAUACCGAUAUACCAGAAUUAACCCCAUGUUUCGAGAACACUGUACUGCUAUGGAUUCCUACCGGAAUAUUGUGGAUAAUUUCACCUCUUGCGCUGUACGCGCGCUGCACUCCCGCCCGCAAAUCUGUCCCAAUUACUCUUCAGGCUGUCUCAAAGUACGCAAUCAGCUUAAUCCUUUUUGCGGUCAGUGUCAUAUUUUGCGCGAUAGAACAUCGUAAUAAUUCAUCUGAGGCAGCGGUCACAGCGCACAUGCUGAGGGCCUUGUCCUUUCUGCUUGUGUACGUGAUUCAGGUCGUGGACAGGAGACACGGUGUAACUUCUUCAGCUCUCGUGUUUACUUUCUGGUCUGUGCUCUCUAUAAGCAGCCUUCCCACUUUCUACAGAGUCCUUGUAAACACAUUUGUACACACCAAGCAUCAAACGCCGACAACGACAGAGUUUGUAGCCAUUGUGGUUCUGUACCCUCUUACUGUCAGCCAAGUUGUUCUGUUUUCGUUGAAAGAGGGCACCAAAGAAAGUCGAACAAGAGCCCCUGUGGAAACAGCAACACCGUUCUCGUUACUGACGUUUGGGUGGUUCACCGCUCUCAUUGUGACCGGCUACAAGAAAGCGUUGACGGUCGGGGACCUAUUCUGCAUUCCCACUUGCGUCAAAAGUAGCGUCAACUUCGAAAAAUGGAAACAUAUCGCGCAGGACAAGGACGGACGUUUGUUUCAGGACAUUGGAAAGCGAAGGAUGUUUCUCCUGAAGACGCUGCUUCGUUUGUUCUGGGGUCAAAUUCUCCUGGGCUGCGUGGUUGAUGUCGGCUACGCCGUAGCAAGGAUAACAACUGCCCUCGUUCUGCAUCUCAUCAUCCAGCACCUCCAGAACCACGACGACCAGUCAUGGAAGGGCUACAUGUACGCUGUCUUAAUUUUGCUUUUGAAUGUGACGUCUACCAUGUGCAUUUGGCAGGGUGACCACAUCUUCAGCCGUCUGGGACUUCGUGUGAAAGGGAUAUUACAAACUGCCGUCUACACGAAAGCGCUUCGGAUAUCUUCCGCUACCACGAGCCAGUAUACCGUUGGGCAACUUGUAAAUAUCAUUUCCGUCGACGCUGAGAAGGUGAAUAGGUUAUGUAACCUUUACUGCAUGGGACUGACGUCUCCCGUCACCGUGAUAUACUCAACCUAUCUGCUCUGGCUGUUCCUGGGACCUUCGUGCCUCGCAGGUAUUGCGGCGAUUGCCCUGAUGACUCCCAUGACAGGCGCCAUUGCUGAACGCUGUCGGAAACUCCAAGAGCAACAAAUGAAGCUCAAAGAUUCUCGCCUUCAGCAAGUUGGCGAGAUUUUGACCAACAUAAAGAUCAUCAAGCUGUAUGGAUGGGAGCUGCCAUUCAUCGACAAGGUGAGAAAAGUGCGUUUGUCCGAAGUGCGGAUACUGAAGUCGCUCGCCUACUGGACAGCGGCCAGUCGGGUCUUUUGGGUGUCGACGGGUUUCUGGGUGUCGCUAUUCGCCUUCACGACCUACAUCUACAGCACGAACGUUACGUUUCUCAGCGUCGGCACCGCGUUCGUCUCCAUGGCGCUUUUCAACGGAAUGCGAUACGCUCUGAACAUAAUCCCGGACUUGGUGUCCAUCGCGAUACAGGCAGCAGUAUCUCUUAGAAGAAUUACGGAAUUUCUGCAGAGCGAAGAACUGGAUGCUAACGCCGUACGCCACGACGUCGGGGACAACGAAGCUGUUACCUUCAAAGGCGCCACGCUCUCCUGGUCUAGCAGUGCGAGCAAGACAUUGACCGGUAUUGCGCUUACCGUGAAACGCGGGCAGCUUGUGGCAAUCGUGGGACAGGUAGGAAGCGGGAAAUCGUCGAUUCUGUCGUCCGUCCUUGGAGACCUGGUGCUUCAAGAGGGCGUCGUUGCUGUCAGCGGCAGCAUAGCGCACGUGCCACAAACGGCCUGGAUCCUGAAUUGCUCGCUGCGACAGAACAUACUCUUCACAAAGCGGUUAAGCGACGACUUUUACAACGUGGUACUAGACGCCUGUUGCCUAAGGCAAGAUCUUGACAUGCUGUCGCACGGCGAUAUGACAGUAAUAGGAGACAGAGGGGUUAACCUAAGUGGCGGACAAAAGCAACGGGUCAGUAUUGCGCGAGCUGUUUUUCAAGAUCAGGAUAUUUACCUUCUGGAUGACCCUCUAAGCGCUCUCGACAGCCAUAUUGGAUCAUCAGUCUUCGAGAACGUCAUCGGACCAAAGGGCUUGCUCAGAGAAAAGACACGCAUCUUCGUCACCAACAAUCUCUCCGUUUUGCCCGAAACAGAUUUCAUAGUUUACAUGCAAGGCGGUCGUAUUGUGGAGCGUGGAACUUACGGCGAGCUCGCCAGUUCCGGUAAAUAUCUGUCGAUGUUUCUGAAAGAACACGUGCGACACGCAGGCAGCAAGGACACCCAAGUAAGCGGUGAAGAAACGAAAGAGGCAUCAGCAUCCGAGCGGCUGCAGGAACUAUCAAAACUGAAAACGUCAAGCAUCGCAAGCCUAGAUGCCGAGCUUUACAGGGAAGCUGUAGAAACGGGAUCUGUAAAGAUGUCGAUAUACGUGACGUACUUAAGAGAUGUUGGCCUUCCAAUCGUUCUGUUAAUCUUUUUUGGAUAUGCUUUUCCCAGCGCGUUCGACAUAGGCAUUAAUUUGUGGAUAGCUGAAUGGAAUCACGACGCUGAUAUAGAAGAAGACCAGAGGAGACCAGGUCAGCGCCUCGGAAUAUACGCGGUUCUUGGAAUAUGUCAGUCUAUUUGCAUGUUUGUCGCCACUGCGGCGCUUGCCAAAGGAACCAUCAGAGCUGCUCAAAGAUUGCACGACCGAAUGCUAAUUGCUGUGAUGCGAUCUCCGAUGUCAUUCUUCGAUGUCACGCCCGUAGGGCGAAUCUUGAACCGUUUCGGAAGCGACGUUGAUCAACUCGAUAUUCAACUUCCUCAAACGGCGAGCCUUUUUCUUGAAUACAUCUUUCACAUCCUUGGAGUCUUCAUUCUGACAGCGUGUGAAAUGCCUCUCUUCCUUGCUGGCGUUUUGCCUCUUCUGAUACUGUACUGCCUGAUUCAGAGCAUCUGCCUCCGUUCCUUACGGCAAAUAAAACGCUUAGAGUCUGUGACACGGUCACCCGUGAAUAACCACUUCGGAGAAACACUCGCAGGUCUUAGCAGCAUUCGAGGGUACUCGGUCCAGAAGGAAUUUACGGAGAGGUUCACCUCUAAAGUGGAUGUUACUCUGAACUGCUCGUACCUCCUUGUAGCUGGCCAAACGUGGUUGUCGUCAAGACUGGACGCUAUCGGGAACAUCACUAUAUUGCUCGUUACUAUAAUGGUCCUCAGACAACGGCAUGCCAUCGAUGACGGUCUGGGAAGUAUGCUCAUAUCAUAUGUUAUGGGAACUACCUAUGCUUUCAUCUACGUGAUUUUCUAUGCUGCUCAAAUGGAAGCAGCUGUUGUGGCGUCAGAGAGGCUCGCGGAAUAUUCCAAGGUGAGCCCAGAAGCAGAUUGGAAAGUUGAGCCAGGACCGAAGCCGGACUGGCCCGAACAGGGAGCCGUACAGUGCAUCGAUUAUUGUGCAAAAUACAGAGAGGAGCUGGACCUUGUCUUGCAUGGAGUAAACCUGGCAGUUAAGCCAGGGGAACGAGUUGGUGUCGUAGGGCGAACCGGUGCUGGAAAGUCGUCCUUGACGCUUUCUCUCUUCAGAAUCAUCGAAGCAGCUGGGGGAAAAAUAACCAUAGACAAUGUAGACAUAUCGUCCAUAGGACUGCACGACCUGCGUUCUCACAUCAGUAUUAUUCCCCAAGAUCCAGUUCUCUUCAGCGGCACUCUGCGGUUCAAUCUUGACCCCCACGGAGAGUACGAGGACGUGCAACUUUGGACGGCUCUGGAGUGCGCCCACGUGAAGCACCAUUUCCCGGACGGCCUCGAGACACAGAUCAGCGAGGGAGGCCAGAACAUCAGCCUCGGACAGCGACAGUUGGUGUGUCUUGCGCGUGUAGUGCUCAGGAAGUCCAGGAUACUUGUCCUGGACGAAGCGACUGCCGCUGUGGAUCUGGAGACUGACCGUCUGAUUCAGGAAACAAUAUUGGAGGGAUUUGCGGAUUGUACUUUGAUAACGAUAGCUCACCGUCUGCAUACCAUAAUGAACUAUGAUAGGAUCGUGGUGAUGGGAAAGGGUAAGAUCAUCGAGGAGGGUUCACCGGCGGAGUUGCUGCGUGACCCGGCUUCUGAGUUUGCAUCGUUGGCCAAAGAAGCAAGCAUCAUAACUAUCACGCCAUAUCGCCGCGGUAUGGCGUCGGCAUUGUUUAGAAGUGGUUUUUGCAACACUCCUCUCUGGGACGUGAAUCGUUCUUGGAACGCCCAGGUUCCGGUCCUAUCCCCGUGCUUCGAAGACAGCGUCCUGGUAUGGAUUCCCGUAAUCCUGUUCUGGAUUGCCGUCUAUUUCAAGUCGUACAACGCACCGCCCAGGUCGCCGGAUGGACUGCCGUCGACGCUUUUCAGCGGCCUGCGGUAUGCGUUCAGUAUCUUGCUCGUGCUGCUCAGUACGAUCUUCACGAUCUUUGAGUUCAUCGAAGGGAAUCCACCGGCGACGCUGUUAGCUGGCGGUUUGAAGACGGCUUCUUACGUCAUCGCUUACCUCCUGUUCCUGUCCGACAGGCAGCGUGGACAAAAUAGACAUAUAUUGUUGUGGUUCUUCUGGUGCGGAAUGAGCGUGUUUGAACUGCCCGCAUACUAUGGAACGCUCGUUGCUGUCUUCGGGUCACGGUCUCAGCGCAUGCUUCCGACUCCCUCCGAAUUCAGCUGCCAUGUCGUGACUUUCCCCUUGUUGAUAGUUCAGCUUGUGUUGUUUUCCGUUGGUGACGCACUCAGUGAAGACAACAACAAAUCGCUGUCGGAGCUCGCCACCCCUCCGUCCUACCUCGUGUUUGAAUGGGCGACGUCACUAGUCGUCGCUGCCUACCGAAGGACACUGCGCUUCGCGGAUCAGCUAGCCAUUCCAGGAUCGUUGACGUCCCGUUUGAACUUUCGGUGCUGGAAAUUGGCGUCAAAGGGGACGAUACCGAGCCCGCCAUUCGUGUCCGUGACGACUCUGAAGCUCUUUUGGCAACAAAUACUCGUGGGGUCGCUUUUGUAUCUAUCUUCCAGCGUCCUGAAGCUUAUUUCAGGAUUAUUUUUGUUCCUGGUCAUCCGACAUCUUCAGGUCAUCGAAGACGAGGCGUGGAAAGGAUAUUUCUUUAUCGCCGUCAUGUUCCUCGUCAACUGCAUGUGCAGCCUGACUCUGCAGCACGCCAACUUCACAUUAGCUUGUGUGGGUACACGUGUCAAGGCCUUGAUUUCAACAGCGUUGUACACGAAGAGCCUACGUAUCCCAACGUACAUCAUGCAGCGACAAACAGGCGAACUGACCAGUUUGAUGUCCAACGAUGCCAAGCGUAUCGGCGAGCUUGCUUCGGUCGUUGCCACACUGGCGACGUCAGCGGUGCCCGUACUGUUCGCCUGCGUUGUUCUUUGGCGUUACCUCGGACCGUCUAGCCUCGCUGGGAUGGUCACUGUCGUCGUCGUUGUUCCCAUUGUACGCGUGAUAGGCCACAAGUGUCAGAACCUAAUGGAACGCCAGGCGUCUUUGAGAGCAUCUCGUCUGCAAUACACGAGUGACGCGCUGCGUAAGACAAAGGGCGCGAAAGCAAAUAUUACGGACACCUCUUUCGCGGACGAAUUGCGUUCCAUGCACCUCGACGAAGUGUUGGCCUUGCGGACCUUCUCCUAUUGGUCGGCCGUGAUGAGUGCGGCGUUCAAAUGCGCUCCUCUAAUCUCCACCAUCAUGGCGUUCGCAGCGUUCUUGAUUCUCAGUGAUUUUGACUUCUUGGGACCCGAAAGAGCGUUUGUGGCCCUCUACUUCUUCGACGCACUCUUUCUCCUUCUCUUGGCUCUCGUUAACAAUUUGUUCAGCGGCAGGAAGGUGCUGGAAUCUGCUGAGCAAGUUGAACGAUUCUUGCUCAGCAGCGAGCUUGGCAAAUAUGUGGACGUAACGGACGACCACGAAGCCGUCGUUUCUUUCAAGAACGCGACGUUCAUGUGGUCCGUAUCCUCACCACGCGCACUGUGUGACGUCACCAUUUCCGUGAAUCCGGGACAGCUCGUUGCCGUUGUUGGCGUGCCUCAAAGCGGGAAGUCGGCUUUGCUAUCUGCCAUUAUUGGCGAGCUGCUCAUUGAACGCGGAUCUGUCGCGAUUGCGAGUGGAAAACGCAUUGCAUACGUUCCUCGCGAACCUUGGAUCCUGAAGGACACAGUGAGACGAAACAUCACGCUUGACAGAGAGUAUGAUGCUGCCAAGUACAAUAAAGUAAUAGAAGUUUGUCACCUCAAGAGCAACAUUCAAACCCUCCCCAGGGGUGACGAGACAGAGAUAGGUGCUAGUGGGACGUACCUCAGGAAGGAACUCAAGCAACGAGUAUGCCUGGCUCGCGCUCUUUAUCAAGACAGCGACAUCUACCUUCUAGACGACGCCCUCAAUGCUGUGGACAGGCGUAUCUCUGCAAGUAUUUACGCCAACGUCGUCGAACCUGGCGGUUUUCUCAGCAACAAAACACGUAUCGUGAUAACGAUAAACCAUCCCACAAUUUCGUCAGCCGACAACAUUAUUUUCGUUAAGGAACGUGCAAUCGUUGCAUCGGGGCCUUACAGGAACUUACUCGAGAACAACGAAGAGUUCGCUAAGUACCUUAGAGAACAAGCCUAUGAAGAGACCGAGGCAAAGUCAGGCGAGGAUGGCGCUGUUGAACUCGAAUCUCUACCAUGGGCUGACGCUGGGACGGAAGAUACGUUAGUCAGACAACGAAAAGUUUCCACACAGUCGACAGCAGCAUAUGAGCAAAUGAUACCUGGAAGGCAAAUAUAUAUGCGGUACCUAACCCGAGCUGGCUUAACGAUGUCCCUCGUAGUGUUCCUUGCAUUCUUGAUAUCACGAGCCUUAGGCAUUGGCUCUACUUUGUGGCUGGGCGACCUCACAACAGACCGAAAAUUUCAGCUGCAAAACCUUUCCUUUGGUAUGGGGAUUUACUUUGUCUUAGUCGUUCUGCAAUCCGCGUCCGCAAGCGUAGCCAGUUAUGCCCUGGUUCGAGGGACGAUCAACGUGUUCCGUAAGUUGUACGACAGCGUAUCAACGAAGCGACAACCAUCAGAAAGGACACGUCUUCACCCCAAAAGACCCAGCAACAACGUUGAUACCCUGGAGAUCCUGCCUCCUUCAAUACUCAACUGCUUUCUCGACUCUUUUUUCAAUCUCCUCAGCGUUACCGUCCUCGUAUCGUCUUACGAACCUUUCUUCGUUCUACCAGCAUUGAUAUUUUACGCUUCGUACACCCUGGUUAGGUCCCGGUACUUGGCGACGAUCCGCCAAACCAGCCGUCUCGAGAACGUUUCCAGAGGAGAUUUGUACUUUUUCGUGGCAGACACCAUGGCUGGACUGAGCAACAUACGUGGGUGUUCCAUGGAAGAUGCCUUCGUAGGCAGGUUUGAAACGUUAGUGGACAAUAAUCAUACUUCUGCGUAUACUAGCCUGGUAGCGAAGCUAUGGACAUCGACAAGGUUGGACGUCGUCGGCAAUGUCCUGGUACUCGUCGUUGGAGUCAUCGUGAUAGCACUACGGGGAAGCAUAGGCGCGGGAUCCGGGGCUGUACUCAUGUAUUGGGCCAUGACUUCCUCAUCGUCAUUCGUGAAUAUGGCGUUUUAUUCUGCCGACAUGGAAGCUGCAGCGACGGCUUACCAGUACGUGGAUGAGGACCGUGAGUCAAAUUCUCAAGGGUUGGGAGCUGCGUAGCGGUGCGUUGUGGUUUUGUAAGCGCAACAACUAUAUUCCAGUGACAUUUCCGCGUCGCCUUCAAUUGUAAGGACUAUGCGCUGUUAUUGUACUUAUGUUUGUAUCCCACAUAGAAAUCCAGUGUGCAUUCAAAACGCAUGACGAACAUUAUGAAUGAACAGUGCUGAAGUUGCAAUCCUGUAAGGCUGUCUUCUUUCUACGUGACUUUCUUCGCAUAAUUCUCUAUGACAACGUGGGUGACGUCGCUGUAUAGAUUCAACUAACGCGACAUCAUUGUCAUUCCGACAGACAAGUAGAACCGUUGUAAUGUGAUAGUUUCCUGCUUGACACGUUUGAAAGAAGAUUUGAACUCCACAUUUCUUUCAUUAAUUCUCUCAAUCGAAUAACUUUAUUGUCCGAGAUAAUUAGCCUCUCUUCAAGGAGACAGUCCUGUUGAGUAGGUUCCUCAAACCUGCGCCUACUUUGUCAUUGUAGGAAGGAAUUAUUUUUGACACGCAGUCCAUUCUGGACUGCUGACGAGGUGAUAGAUGCAACACAAGCAGGUCUCUGGGUGGUAUUGCCCCUUGCAGAAGGCAGUAAUGGGACAACAACAAGCAGGACGUCACGAUAUGCCACCCUUUUUCAGUCUCGGUUGAGUCCAAGCUGCUGGUUGUGUGUAAAAAGUUACUGUCGCUUUUUAUUCCUUUUUUAUUUUUUUUUUGUAUGUACGAAUAAAUGCUCGAAUAAAACAAAUCAAGAAAUAAUUCAA